AUUGAUAUUCACCCCGAACAUGUUCCACCGAUCGGUCAUCUCAUUGCUUGCAACAUACACUGGUCUUGUGUCAUGCUUCCCAAACGCAGGUCCUCCCGGCCCGCCAGGCCCGCCGGGUCCUCCAGGUCCUCAACAUGGCACCCAAAACUAUCAUUGGGUCAACACUUGGGUCUCCAUGCAACAAGUAGCCGAGUAUACGAACCUACCUGGCCCUGGCUACUACAACCAAUCGAAUCUCGUGUUUCCCAACAGCACAAUUCGUCAAACCAUUCACACUUCAAUCGGUGGACAGCAAAUAAGAUUGACUAUCAGCAACCAGAAUGGAGUUGUGAAUCUGCCCAUCACAGCUGUUUCGAUCGCUUCAGAAAUGGACCCAGAUUAUCCUGGGCAUCCUAACGCGCUGCAAACCACUCUCAAUGGCACUGUGCUUGGUGCGCCAUAUCCCGCAGGCACCGGUUCCCGUAUCAUCGACACCAGCACCAUCAAACAGCUCACCUUCAGUGGCAAUAGCUCCAUCAUCAUUCCCGACGGCUCUAUCGCAGUUUCUGACCCCAUCGAUUUUCCCAUCGCCGCACAAUCAGAACUGUCCAUCUCGAUAUAUCUCAAAGACGGUCAAAACUCCAGCAUCAUCACUUCUCACCCUGGCUCUCGCACAAACUCCUACUAUGGCAUGGGUAACCAGAUAAACAACUACAACAUUACCGGCGACAAUGCCAUGACGCAACAACACUGGUUCUUCAUCUCUGGCCUUGAAGUGUGGAGUCCUCCUUCCACCAGCGCCAUUUACAUCAUCGGCGAUUCCAUCACCGACGGACGCGGAUCCUGGAACAAUGGCAACAACAAAUGGACUGAUAAUCUGCUUGCACGUAUGCAGAAGAAUCCCGCAACUGCGAAUAUUGCAGUGGGCAAUCAAGGUGCUGGAGGUAAUCGUGUCUUGGCUGAUGGCAAUGGACCUAAUGCUAUGGGUAGAGUGGAGAGGGAUGUCAUUGCUCAGCCUGGAGCCAAGUAUGCGAUGAUCUUUGAGGGUGUCAAUGAUAUUGGUACUGCUGCGUUGGACGAUGCUAGUCAAGAAAUGGUGUAUCAGCGACUCAUUCAAGCAUACAAGCAAAUGGUCACCCGAAUGCACACUUUUGGCAUUCCCGUCUUUGGAGCAACAAUCACACCUAUCGGCGCAGCAAACGCAACCGCCGGAACAUACACUCAACCACAGCGAGUGGCAACAGUGAAUCGCGUCAACGACUUCAUCCGCAACUCCAAGACGUUCGAUGCAGUCUUUGACUUCAAUGCUUGGCUGGCAGAUCCGAAUGCGCCAAACUAUCUGAACCCACUCUACGACAGUGGAGACUUUUUGCACCCGAAUGAGGCUGGAUAUCAACUCAUCGCUAACAAGUUCGAUCUCGGUGUGUUUGAGAGGUUUAAGGGUGGUGUAAGUAGCUAUGUU